AUGUCAAAGCUAUUCAUUGGUGGCCUCGCAUGGCACACUGAGGAUGCCACACUGAAGAAAAAGUUUGAGGAGUUUGGUGUUGUGGAAGAAGCGGUUGUCGUCAAGGAUCGUGACACAGGUCGCAGCAGAGGCUUCGGUUUCGUUCGCUACACCAACGAGGCUGAUGCCCAGAAGGCCAUGGAUGCGAUGAACAAUGUCGAAUUCGACGGCCGCCAGAUCCGUGUCGAUAAAGCCUCUGACACAGGUCCGAAGGGCGGCACUGCUGCACGCGCCUCAACGUCCCCUGCCGCAGCGACAUUCAACAAUACCAACCGCAGCCCUUACGCGAUCCCGAUGCCGGUAAUUAGCAGCUCACCGAUGUCUCCCAUCGCGUAUGGCGCGCCACAGCCGACCCCAUAUGGCAUGCCGCCUGCGACAACUGGCAUCUACCCCAACUAUCCCCGCGGUUACGUGCAGCCGGGGUAUCCUAUUCCCGCGCAAGCUUGGGCUACUCAGCUGUACAUGUAUCCCGCUCCCGCUACCCAGCAGGGCCAGCCAUCUAGUCAGGAGCCUUCGGCCGGUCCUGGCCGGUACUGA